AUGGCGCCAUCCGAGCUGACGCCGUACGAUGCCCGAACGGUUGGUGAUAGGUACGAUGCGCGAAUAGGCCCCGACGCCUCGCACUGGAUCGCCGUGAGGGACCAAUUCCAGGAGCUUCUAGACGACCAAGACUCGACCCUCGACUCCAUCCUAACUCGCUAUUUCUCCCCACGACCGCGAGCUUCUCAUGCCCGCGACUUCACCACAGUAUCUCGUCGCCAUGCAGCAGGACAACACGAAGCGGUACCAUCAACUUAUCAGCCACCGCUUCGCCUCGAGCGCCCGGGCAUCGCUCUCAAGCUUGCCCUCGCCUACUUUGGACAUCCCGUGGAACCCGUGCACGUGGAGCUUUUCCGCGUCAUUGACGAAGACAUAGCCAUGGUCGAUUGCUCGAUGAAAGGCCGCGAGGAAUACUAUAAUUACAUGCCGGUGCCCUUGGAGCCCAUCUCCGCGCUCGGUAUCCCCCAGGCCAUGAGUCCUACCAGCCCCGAGCUCCAGGUGCUACCUCCGGCUUAUGUCGUCUCUUCCACCGCCUCUUCAAGCUCAGGAAUAAUCAACUCGGAUACACAACCUAGUAAUCGCAGUCCUCCUACUUUAUCCUGCCAAUCUAGUCGCCAAGACAUGGAAACCCCCGUUUACUCCUCGAUGCCGCUCAGGGGUACUAGCGAUAGUUUUUACCAGGCCCUGGACACUCACUUAAAGGCCGACCACACAAUCACCGACCACAGCGAUUGCUGCGCUUGGUUCGUCCAUCUCACAGGCGAAUCCGCGCCCAACGAUAUCCUCCCCGAACCCAACCGGUACGAACGCGCCUCUGACCUAGUCGUCCUGACCGCCGCUGAAGAGACUUGCCCAAAUGCUCCGAGGCAGCCCGUCGCCUACUUUCCCUUGCGCUCCGACGUUGGGCCAGUCAUUAGCAGCGCCUGCGGUCACAGCGUGUACUCGACUUACAUGAUGACCGCCAUCCGCCUCCUUCAAGGCGGUUACCUCGGCCCCGGCGACAACCACAGCUUGGUCGCCAUCUACGAUGACAAGAAUAUGCACAAGGACAGGGUGGUCAGAGCCUACGGAGGCCUCCUAAACUCGGACAAGGUUUUCAAGAGCCUACAUCUGGGGCAGCAGACUAUCGUCGGCGCUGCUCGCAAUGACUGGCACGUCGAUAUUCAGCAGCUCCCUGACGACGAGAUCGUAUUCUGCCUUCCUGGCUACGGCCUGGGGCCGCGCCGUACUUACGAGACCCACAGCGUUCGGGACCCCGACCCCAUCCCCGCAGCUUGGCUCAAUAGUUACUCUCGCAGGUAUCGCGCGGCAUUCGAGGCGGUCCAUCGCCUGCUCACAACCCACCUGACGCCCCAAGGCCUCCGCAGCACCAAAAGCAUUACUUUUUACAAAGGCUGGGCCGUAUGGAACACUCGCGUGGGGUACCAUCUCAACACGAGGGAAGCGUUCGAUGUCCAGAUCCAGCCCUGCGACGAGGACGACGAUGGAAAUUUAGUUGAGCCGCCCUGGGCCGCGACGCUCGCGGACCACCUCUUCGACGUCAUCGAAAGAGGAUACCACGGUGUCGAAAGGCUUCUGGUUCUGCAGCCACAAUAUGCGACUUACAAGAUUUUCGGCAAGUGGAGCUUGAGUGUGAGCGGCUCCGCGGGCAGGAUGAUGUACCCGGACAAUACCGACAACAACGGCGUCCCCUACACCGAGAUAGCGGUUAAUGGACUCUUAGGAGAAUUUAGAGAGGCAGUGAAAGUCCUUGUAGAACAAAAGAAGGACAGCAAAGGCAACCCAAAGACCCCCGCAGACUGGAAAAAUGUGUGGAUCGAGGCCCUCAGCGUCCCGUUCGACGGUGGCUUCGUGACCAAAGGAGACCUGGCCCGGGUACCCCGGCCCGUCCGGCAGAAGCCCCAGACCGAACUCGGUUCAACUCUAGAAGGGCGCCCCGGGCCGAGGAUAUCACCAAUCCCCGGAACGAGGGAAGUUGCUUGGGCGAAGCAGCCAAGUGUGUUUGACGGAUCACCGCAGCCCCGCAUCCCGACCACCGCGACGCCGCUGGAAAGACUCAUUCGCGUUGGUGGGCCGGGCGUACCCCGGGUCAGUACGGCAGUCAUGACCCCUACGGAGCAAUAUAAGCUGCAGGAGACCCUGGCCCAGGUGCGCAACUCGCAGCUCCAGCGCAUCACCAAGUGCCACUAUGCGAACUGCGAAUUUACUUGCCGGAUAGAUCAUGAGCACGUGAUGCAGAAGCACCUGCGCGACGACCACAGCACAAGACGAUGCCCUUGGUGUCCCCUGAUUUUCCCUUCUCACUGGAAACUGAAGCGGAUCGAGGAGCACAUGGUGAAAAGACACAUGGUUGGGAACAGGCCCUCGAGAGCCCAGCCAUCGGGGAUCGUCGAGAUGGAUCUUCGCAGGGGAGCCAGCGUCCAGCUACCGGGCUCAGAGGUGGUCAAGAAUCAGAGAGCGUCGAGCGUCAGCAGAGGGGGCCGUGGUCGACCGAUGACGCGGGAGGAGCGGCGCGCAGAAGCGAGGGAUCUGGAUGCCCACUGGCCACAACCCGUCAUGGCCCAACAACGGCGAGAUCCGGAACCGGCAGAGGUGGAGCUGGGAGAAAUAUAUUACCUGUUCUGCGACCGCUGCGGCCGGAACCACCGCGCUUUAUCCAAUGUGGCCGACCGCGAACGGCACGACCAAGUCUGCUGCGGCAAAAGGGUGUGGGAGAACGCCGCCGCCGCCGCCAAGUACGAGCCGAACUCCCGGUACCCCCACACCUGCGCCGGUGGCACGAGCACGAAAUGGUGUAAGAAAUGCGGUCUCGACCGGACUUUGCUGAACCCGACCGAAGUCGUCGUGCACGAUAACGAGUGCAAGGGCAUCGGCCACAGGGUUGGUGAUUUCUGCGCCUUUUGCCAAGCGACGCUCAAGGGUAUCGCGGACUGGGACGUCAGGGAGAAGCAUAUGGACGAGUGCGCGCGGGCCGCGUACGCGGAUCCGAACGGUACUGCUGACGAUGACCCGGGCUUCAUACCAACGCCGUAUACUACAUACCCCGCCACCUACUACGACAACCCGCGGCAAACGGUGGACCCCGCUCGGGACCGGUUCUACGCGGGCUGGGGGACAGGCAGAGGAUACGUGCCCCCGGGCCGGACAAAGUCGGCGUGGGAGAUGGCGAUUGGCAAACGCAGGCCCCGGAGGGGUGACGAGGAUUAUGUUGAAGGUGCGGGUAAUGCGGCUGUUAGGAAAUUUCUAGACGAGGUCCAGAAGGAGAGGGAAUCCCGCCCGGGGUCAGUCUCCCCUGGACGAGGAGUACCAGCUCCUGCUCAACUGGGGCCGCAAGAGGUUCCCGAUGCAGUGGGACUUUUCUACGACGGCGAGCAAUCCGACUUCGACGGUGAGCGACCCCGCGCCCUCGCCCACGCCGCCCACGGUGAUCCAAGUGAUCCGCAGCCGUACAACCAGCCGUGCCCAGAGUGCAGCCAAGUGGGAUUCGCCAAUCAGGGUGCGCUCAUCACACAUCUCGAAGAGGAUCACGGCAUCGACCCCGAGCACACGGUCACGCGCCCCGACGGCUCCUGCAACAAGACGGAGAGGUUCAAGACCGACGACCUGCGGGAGCACCUGAUCAAGGAUCACGACACGCCAGUCGCGGACAUCCACACCAGCGGGCAAGGCAUCAUCACGAUCAGCCCGCCGCCGCAGCCCAACUUCAAGGACACCAAAGCGCUGGUGGACCACUUGAUCAAGGCGCACGGGCAGGACCCCACGUGGCUGCGGACGGACGAGGCGGGCAACGUGCACAUCGUGACCCGGCACAUAAGGGACUCGAGGCUCGCACGGGCGGAGCGGAUGGUUGACCAGCUGAACUUGGUCCGCCGGGCGCGUUCGCCGGACUGGAACGCGAAGCUCGGCAGGGCGCCUGACGGCUGGAAGCCGGACGAGACGAUGUACUGCACGAGAUGCCUGCGCAAGUACCCCAAGAGAAUUCACCGAAAAGAUCCGACCGCGGAAAAGCAGAUGGGCUCUCAUAUCACCGGAUCUGGCGGGAGCUGCAACACUAGGAACGGGCCCGGGGAGGUGGGAGAAGGAACGGUCGGGCUGCCCAAUAGAAGCGGGUGGAUCACGGCCGCGAAUCUCAACGCCGCCGGGCUCAAACUAACGAAGCUCAAGACCGCUUUCGAAGAAAAAUACCCAAAGUACACGGCCACGGUGUACCCGUCGGUGGACAAGCGGGCGACGACGUCGGUUUGGUCCAAGGACCCGAAUAACGACAUCAUAACCAAAUCCUCGCGUGCCGCGUCGGCUGAUGCAGAAGAUGAUGAUGAUGAUGACGAUGGCAACGGUAGCGGUGGCGAUGAUGGCGAUGAUGGUGGUGAUGGUGGUGAUGGUGGUGAUGAUGGCGACGACGGAGGCUCUGGGGAUGGUGGGGGCUCUGGAGGUGAUGGAAGUGGCGGCGGUGAUGGCGGUGAUGGCGAUGAUGGCGAUGAUGGCGGUGAUAGCGGGGAUGGCGGUGAUGGGAACGACGAUGGGGGUAGUGGGGAUGGUGAUGAUAGUGAUGACGGCGAUGACGGUGAUUACGGUGAUGACGGCGACGAUGACGAUGAUGAUGAAGACGAUGGAGAUGACGGAGGUGAUGACAGCGAUGGUGAUUAUAAUGGCGGCAAUAGUCUCGAAGGCUGGCUCCACAACCUCCCGCCCGAGGACCGCCAAUUCCGGGGUACAGCUUCCUCUCAGAGCUCGAAUCGAAGCACAACCAACACCAGGGGCACAACUUCCUCCCAGGCUCCGAAUCAAGCCGGCACCAACACUAGGGGCACGACUUCUACUCAGAGCUCCACCUCUCACACCACAAACCCCCAAGCUACCACUCCCCUUCGCAACUCCAACCCCAGCACCGUCAGCGCCAAUAUCGCAGCUCUCUCACAGCCUAGGUCUCAACACUACGAACCCUGGGGAACACCUUCUUCUCCGAGCUCCACUUCUCGCACCACAAACCCUAGAGCUACGACGCCCCCUCGUAAUUCCAACCCUAGCACCGUCAGCGCCAAUAUCGCAGCUCUCUCUCAGAGCCUAGGUCUUAACACCACCAACCCUGGGGGUACAAUUCCUUCUCAGGGCUCCGGCCUCAACACCACCAGCCCUAGAGCUACGGCGCCCCCUCGCAAUUCUAACCCUAGCACCGUCAGCGCCAAUAUCGCAGCUCUCUCUCAGAGCCUAGGUCUUAACACUACCAACCCUGGGGGAGCGCCUUCUUCUCCGAGCUCCACUUCUCGCACCACAAACCCCAAGGCUGCGAUUCCCCCUCGCAAUUCCGACCCUAGCACCGUCAGCGCCAAUGUCGCAGCCCUCUCUCGGAGCUUAGGUCUUACCGGGGCCAACGCCCAGAGGACAACUCCUUCUCAGGGCUCUGCCCCCAACGCUCCAGCGCAAGAGGGGGCGGCGCAAGACCCGGCGUGGAGAGAUCCGGGGGCGGUAUACUCGGAAGACGAGGAGCCGGCGUCACCGGAGGUGUCCAGAGAUGCGUUGGACCUACAAACCGACCUAACCGAGGCCAUGGCGGCGGUUGAGAGCGGUAGCCCGGCUAGGAGUACGCGCCCCGCAGAGCCUGGUGCCCGGGGGCCGAAGCGGACUCGAUUAUGA